AUGGCCGACACCGUUUCGCUUUUGCGGAGGCUGAUACUCGAGUCACCACCGGGAGAAUGGGCCAUCAACCAGCUCCGUGAGCUGCUGAUUGGCGCCCUCAAGCAGGGCCCAAUCCCUCAGCAUGUUGCCUUCGAGAUGGACGGCAACAGACGUUACGCCAGAAGUCGCCGCAUGGAGACUGUCGAAGGGCAUCACCGUGGUUUUGAGGCCUUGGCUAGGAUCAUGGAAAUCUGCUACAAGUGCGGCGUCAAAGUCGUGACUGUCUACGCGUUUAGUAUCGAGAACUUUAACAGGCCAAAGUAUGAGGUCGAAGGGUUGAUGCAGCUUGCAAAAGUCAAGCUGGAGCAGCUGACAACCUAUGGCGAUAUCCUUGACCGCUAUGGAGCUUGCGUCCGCAUCCUGGGCCAGCGUGAGUUGAUACGCGAAGAUGUUCUGGAAGUCAUGGACAAGGCUGUAGCAAGGACCAAGCAUAACAACAAAGCCGUCCUGAACAUCUGCUUCCCAUACACCUCGAGGGCAGAGAUGACAACUGCCAUCCGAUCAACCGUGCAAGAGUUUCUAUCUCCGACGCCGCCCAAGAACACCCCCUUCUCUCCAUCGCGCAUCAGGCAAAAGAUAUUGUCUAGUCAAUUUGACGGACGUGAGCCACUGCCCACAAUCCCAGACGAGCCACUCGACGAUGGCGAAUACGACGACAACGAUUCCUCUUCUACCACCCUGCCCUCGGACUCUCCCGAGCCUCGGUUGCUCACCAGGUCUGGGUCAUACGGCUCUACGACGCUGCCCAACCCUGACAGCAUCACGGUAGACACCAUUGAGCGACACAUAUACACUGCCGAUGACCCCCCUCUGGACAUUUUCGUCAGGACGAGCGGUGUUGAGCGGCUCAGCGACUUCAUGCUCUGGCAGUGCCACCAGGACACGCACAUCUUCUUCCGCAAGUGUCUAUGGCCAGAUUUCGACCUCAAGGACUUUAUUUGGGUGCUCUUGGAGUGGCAAUGGAGGCAGAAGCAGUCGGAUAGAGAGAAUCCCUCGGCCAAGGCGAGGACGGCCAAGGCGCGAAGCAUGAUGGAGUGA